AUGGCCCAGGUCAAUGGAACCAGUGCGCAGUCUCCUCCGACCUCACUAUCGUCGCAAAUCGACCUCCUCGUGUCGCUGCGCCUGUGGUCUUGGCCGGCCCUGACGCUCGCGAUCCAAAACGCCUGGGGCGGCUCCGCGGAGAUCUCGACCGACAAGCGGGCGUGGAUGGCGGGCGCGGUGUCGGACCUGCUGACGUCGACUCCUCCGCAGCUCGCCGACGUGGGCGAUCUGGAAGAAGUGUUGCUGCAGGUGAUGGUGGACGAGUUCGAGGUCAUUGUCGACGACGGGAGUGCCGAAGACACGGCGCGCGGCAUCUGGAGCGGCGUGGAAAAACUCAAGACCGGCGACCUGGCCGAGCUGCACGACCUGUACGCCAAGUGGCAGGAGAAACAGAAGAAAGGAAGCGGCCACGACGCCGUCGCCUUCGUCCGAGGCGAGGACAAAGAUGCAGAAGACACCGACUGGGACGGCGAGGACGAGGAUGGGGACGAGGAAGAAUGGAACGGAUUUCCGGACCAUGCAGACGUCGACAUGGACGAAGCACCGCCGCUGGUCGACACGCGCAGGCCGAGACAGAAGAUUCAGCCCGAGGUGGACGACGAGGGCUUCACCAAGGUUGUGGGCCGAAAGACGAGAUGA